AUGGAGGGGGCUGCAGUGGUCGCGGUGGGCAAUGCGGGCGCUGCAGAGGCUCGGGUAGCCGCGGCCACGCCGCCCCCACCUCCCGCGUCCCCACCCGCGCUGACCCCCGCGCCCGCGGCGGGGGAGGAGGGCCCCGCACCCCUGCCUGAGGCGGGGGCUCCCGGCUGCUCGGGCUCCCGUCCCCCCGAGCUGGAGCUGGAACGCAGCCUGGGCCGCUUGCGAGGCCACUUCGAAGACUACGACGAGGAGCUGGAAGAGGAGGAGGAGAUGGAGGAUGAAGGCGAGGAGGAGGAGGAGGAGAUGAGCCACUUCUCGCUGAGGCUGGAGGGGGGGCGGCCCGAAUCCGAGGACGAGGAGGAGCGCCUGAUUAAUCUCGCUGAGCUGACCCCAUACAUCUUGUGUUCCAUUUGCAAAGGGUACCUCAUAGAUGCGACUACCAUUACAGAAUGCCUUCACACCUUUUGUAAAAGCUGCAUUGUAAGACAUUUUUACUAUAGCAACAGAUGUCCAAAAUGCAACAUUGUAGUACAUCAGACACAACCUCUUUAUAACAUAAGGUUGGACCGACAGUUACAAGACAUAGUGUACAAAUUAGUGAUCAAUCUAGAGGAAAGAGAAAAAAAGCAAAUGCAUGAUUUCUAUAAAGAAAGAGGUCUAGAAGUACCUAAACCUGCUAUUCCACAGCCAGUCCCUUCAAGCAAAGGAAGAGCUAAGAAAGUCCUAGAAUCAGUGUUUCGAAUUCCACCUGAACUUGAUAUGUCUUUAUUACUGGAGUUCAUUGGUGCUAAUGAAGACACAGGACAUUUUAAGCCAUUGGAAAAGAAGUUUGUUCGAGUUUCAGGAGAAGCAACUAUUGGACAUGUAGAAAAAUUCCUCAGAAGAAAAAUGGGUCUUGAUCCAGCAUGUCAGGUAGAUAUCAUCUGUGGUGACCACCUGCUAGAGCGGUACCAGACCCUGCGGGAAAUCCGACGUGCAAUAGGUGAUACAGCAAUGCAGGAUGGCCUGCUUGUCCUUCAUUAUGGUCUUGUGGUUUCUCCUCUGAAAAUAACUUGAAGAUGCUGGGGUGCCACAAGGAGGGAAACAAAGAAAGGAAGCUUCUGCAAGACUGCAUCUCACCAAAGAUUUCCACAAAACAUGUGCCGUUCAAGACAUAACUGGCCUGUUUUCAGCACCAGGAAUCGUAGUGUUUAUAGGUACAGCCUGGGACAUGGAAUGCAUCUGUUUCACUAGAGACUGUGUGUAAAAAGGAUUCAGAGCUCAGGGGAAAAAUCCAAAACAUUUAACUUUAAAAUUCCUUAUGAUUCCA